AUGCAGCUUUCCCCUCUCUCGCCUCCUUCACUGGUGGUCUUCUCCAUGGUUCUGGAGGCCACCUUGGCGAAGCCGUUUGUCUAUCUGGUCUACACUGAGAACUCCACCUGUCUUGACUUCAAAGCUGUCCCUGCCUGCUUUGGCCCUCCGUUCCCUCGAACGGGUCUCACGGGCUACCUUGUUGAGGCGGUGCCUGCUAAUGCUUGCCAUCCCAUAGGAGGCCCUCCGGCCCCAAAGACGUCUCCACCGGGCUUCAUUGCUCUCAUCCGCCGGUAUGGCUGUCCCUUUGGCAUCAAGGUCUUCCAUGCUCAGCAAGCUGGCUACCAAGCGGCUGUCAUCCACAACCUCUACUCGGAUUCGUUGGUGAGCAUGGCCAUUGAGGCAGAAGACGCAGGACGGCAGAUCUUGAUUCCUUCCCUCUUUAUCGGAGGCUCAGCCUCCAAGGUUCUGAGAAGGCUGGUCGGGUCUGAGAAUGGUACCAAAGUCACUGCGGUGGUGCCUCUAGGCUACUACAAUCCCUGCUGGGACAAUGUGGAUAUCUCCGUUUGGGACCCAGCACAGCGCUACCUGAAGUUCUGGCCGGGAUACUGUACCCAGCAAAUGAUCAUUGCCUUCAUCCAAGAGUUUGGGUUUGUGAUUCUCCUCAGUGUGGGGAUUAGCAUUGUGUUCUUUGCGGGCUUCAUGAAAUGGUAUAGGCGGAGCCAAGGCAUCAGGGUGAAGACCUUCAAAAGAGGCGACAGGUAUGACUUGUGCGUGAUCUGCAUGGCUGAAUAUGAAACAGGCGACCUGCUGAAGAUCCUUCCGUGCACCCACGCCUAUCACAACACCUGCAUCAACACUUGGCUUCUCAUCCAGCCCAGAACUGGGAGGACCUGCCCAAUCUGCAAGCAGAAAGUCAACACUGCAAUCUAG